AUGGGCGAGAAACUGCUAUGUUUAGCACCAGUGGUGCUACUCGCCUUCUUCCAAGUUGGAGUCGAUGCCCAGCGUUACGUAAACUACUACCCACGAAGCUACUACGGUCGCAAUCUUUAUGAAUACGGGCGGUCUAUUUCCGACAAUGUAGUAUCCUGCGGACCCCACACUUGCGGCGUUGGUGCUCAUUGUAUCCAUGGAAGUGUGAGACCGGUCUGCGCUUGCCUGGCUGGCCACUCUGGAGAUCCGUUGUCGCAGUGCAUUAGGAUUGAAUGUGUUGACAACAGCGAAUGCCGUGGUCACCAGACUUGUGUCAACCAGCACUGCGUGAACCCUUGUGAUGGUGCUUGCGGUGUCAAUGCUAACUGCGAUGUUCGUAACCACAUCCCAGUCUGCACGUGCCCAGCUGGUUACACAGGCAAUCCUUUCAGUUCCUGCAGGAUAGCUGAUCCAGAGGAAGCGUGCCACCCAUCUCCUUGCGGUGCCAACACCAAAUGUCACGUCGCCAAUAACCAAGCUAUUUGCACCUGUUUGCCUGGAUACAGAGGAAGUCCUCUAACCGGUUGCCGUCACGAAUGUGAAUCGGAUGGGGAAUGUGGUACGCAGCAGUCAUGCCGAGACUUUAAGUGUGUGAGUCCUUGUAGCGACUGUGGUGUCAACGCCGAUUGCGAGACUGUUGCUGCUCACCGCGCUGUCUGCAAGUGCCCCCGGGGCUACCACGGCGAUCCUUAUAGAAUUUGCACACCCGAAUGUUCUUCCGAUGGCGAGUGCCCAAGCUACAAACCUGCUUGUAUCUACAACGCCUGCGUCGACCCUUGUAUCAAUGCCUGUGGUGUCAACGCUGAAUGUCGUCUCCGUGGUCUAACACCCGUCUGUUCUUGCCCAAGAAACAUGACUGGGGAUCCUUUCCAAUUCUGCAGACCAUUCGAAGCUCGUGACCUGUGUGAGCCGAAUCCUUGCGGCGUCAACGCUAAAUGCACUCCAGGCCAUGACCGUACUGGUGCUGAGAGACCAGUCUGCACUUGUCCUUCUGGAUACAUCGGCAACGCUCUUGUUUCUUGUGAAAGGGGGGAAUGUCAGUUGGACUCUGAGUGCGCAGACCACCUUGCUUGCGUCGGGUACCAAUGCGUGGACCCAUGUCUUGGUAACAGCCAGUGCGGUUCUGGAGCUGUAUGUAUGGCUAGAAGACAUCUUGCUGUCUGCACCUGCUCUAACGGUCGUAACGGUGACGCCUUGGUGAACUGCUACGAAUCUCGUUCAGUUGCCGCGUCAGCUCGUUACUACAGAUACAAGAGAAACGGAGAAGGAGAUGCUCCCGAAGCUACUGCCUCCGAAGCAUCUACGACCGAAGCGACUGCUACCGAGAAAACAGCUACCGAAGCUUCAACGACCGCACCUGUUUCUGAACCAUCAGCGCCCGUCGCUUCUGCAAAUGCCUAGAGGAAAUUUGAACUUGCCCUAAGAGUAGUUACUAUGUUAACACGCUUCUAAACAAGAGUAGCAAUAUUUGUUACGCCCGUAUAUAUGUAUACACAUAAUAAGAUACACAUAAGAUAAUAAACGUCCAGUAAUUCUAAGAAAUAAUUGAAAAAUCUCUAAAUAGUUAAAAAAUGGAUUUAAAAAAUGUUCACAAUUCGUCUGUGUCUUGUAAAAGGUGAGACACGACGGAUUGAAUUUGAACUAUUCUUAAAUAUUUCUGACGAUCGUUUUCAGUGUCUGUUUGUCUGUGUACAUAAAACAA